CGCGGACCCAUCCCUCCCCGUUCUAUAACCAUUUUGCCAAGCAGCCCCCCACCAUUUUGAGUUAUCAGCUGGGCUGAUUCCGAUGCCCGCUCACCCGUGAACCCCCGUGGAUGAGACUGGCACUGACCCGGUCAUCAUUGAACCGUGUAACAGCUGCAGUUCCUCGGCGAAAGCCGCCUACAACUCUAUCUCGAUCUUUCUCCCAAAACCCAGUGUCACUGCUCACCCUCUCCCGAUGAUCAUUCCAUGACCUUCUCGGACGCUAAGAGGGAUGACGCUACGGCCGAGGACCGCUCACGUCAUCUCUCAGCUUCUUCGAGACAAUCUGCAUCACCUACACCACCACCAUCACCACCACCAUGGCGAAGCGCUCUGGGCCGAGCGUUCUUCCUGUUGAAUUCAUCGUUCGCUCAUGUGUCAGGCGAGAAUAUAGCGAAUGGAGCAAACGGUGACAGGUACCUUGCACUGUUGAAGAAAAGCUUUAGAGCGUAUAGCGAUAUACCUGUAGGCAGUGAUGUCUUGGUCGAACAUGCAUUCCCGCACGGAUGCAGCACAAAGGAAAUCGAAUGGGAGGUCGACAUUGUUCCUGCUAGAGGACUCCUCGAAGGCGAUCAAGAUAUACAGUAUGACCUGACUGGAGGGAGAGGGGAUGAGUCCCCGCCCAUCAAAGCAGGGAACACACGACAAGUAUGCUGGAAUUGUCUAGCCCCCGGCCAUUCGCACACCUCUUGUCCUCAACCUCGGAAUCACCUCCUCGUCCGAAUCAUGCGAGAUAAAUUUCUAGCUGAGAAAGAGUCCAUGCCGACAUUCGCAAUACCCUAUAUGAACUCAUACAGUGUCACGGAUGAAGACAAGAUUAGACGGUUGGACUUGGUCGAUCGAUUUGAUCCUGGACGUGUCUCCAAUACACUCGCCGAUGCCUUGUUUUGGAUCGAUCCAACUUUAUUGCGUCUCCCUGACGAAACACCUGGGGACAAAAGAGACCUGGAGGACGGUGAAGUGAGUGAUGAUUUUCCUGAGAGGGAUCAAGUGCUGGAAAUUCGAGGGAUGAGAAGGAGAAGAGCUUGGCCAUGGAUCAAUGAAAUGGUCAGGUGGGGGUAUCCACCAGGGUGGAUAGCGUCCAAGGAUCCCAUGAUAGAGGUAAAGAGGCGGAUCCAACAACUACCAAUAUCAACAGGCGAUGAAUCAGAGGACGAUGAAAGUGACAUGCUUCAAGUAUACGGCGGCAUAGGAUCGCCUCUCCACCUCGGAGAUGAGGCGGCGAGGUCUUCUGCCUCUAGCAGCUCGCCGAGAUCCAUGUCGGCGUCCUCGUCCUCGUCAUCAUCCUCAACAUCCAAACCUCUUCUUUCGCCGACACAGUCCGUUUCAAGCAACAUGAUGCUCUCCCCUAUCGUGGACCCAGAGCCACUGCCACUGCUAUUGCCGCCGCAAUCAUGUGACCAGUCGGCUCCACCUCAGCCCGAGGAUGCUAUACCUCCACCACCGGAUCAAUCAGCUACUCCUCCACCGCCCCCACCUCCCAAUCUGCCACCACCUCUGCCUCUGCCAGUCUCAGCGCCUAGCGCUCCACGGGCUCAACGAUGGGCCAAAUACGAUACGGACAUGUUCGACUCGGAUCGAUUAAAGGCUUUCACAACUGCCCGACCGUUACCUCUGGGCUAUUGAACAACUAACUUUCAAUGAGCUUCAUACAGGUGGACAAACAGGAGGACAUCCCGACGUCCAAAGUCCAUCCUUCACGAUAGACGACGCAAACAAUCC